AGCUGCCAUGCUGGAGUGACUCAGUGGGUAGCAGCGUGCAGUGGAUUAUUAGAGACGACCGCAAUCCAAGGCCAGUGUAGACGGACGCUCUGUGGUAUCUUCCAGAGACACAAGGCUGGCCAGUUCCGACUGUCUAAAUCCUGUGGUGGAUUGAUUCAAGCCAAUGGAGCCAUUCCGCAGCAAAACAGAUCGUUUCACAACACGAACAAGCAUCUUUCUGCGAAAGAUUCCUUGCAGCCAUCUGAAGAGAAAGUGGGUGCUUUCACAAGGAUCAUAGAAGCAAUGGGUUUCACAGGACCACUGAAGUACAGCAGAUGG